UAAAACGCCUACAGGUGAUGCAUUUGGUCAGAAAACUGUUCUGUCUCGACUUGGUAAUACAUGAAGACCAACGACAAAUCACUCGGACCCUCUGUCGCGAGCAGAUUGCAUAAGAGCUGGAAAGGUAGCUGGACAUGUGCUAGUUAAAUAGUAAUGUGAAUUCACUCUGUCUGCGAGCUGAGCACGAGGACGGCAGCUCAAAAUGUCUGGCAAAGACUUUGAAUCGCUGGAGACGGUUUUGGAGACUUGUGUACCUGAGGCUGAACUCAGAGAAGUCAGAAGACUGCUGUUCGGAAAAGACCUGAAGAAGCUGAACCUUCCCCAGAGUGCAACAGAUGCUGCAGUGGAGCAAGAUUUUGAUCUGAAGGGUUACGUGUUUGAGGCUUCUCCAGAGCAGCUCAGACCACCCAGAACUGUCCGCGUGGGACUCAUUCAGAACAAGAUAGUCCUACCCACUGAUGCUCCUGUACUUGAACAGAUCACAGCUCUGCACAAGCGUGUGGGGGAGAUGGUGGAGGUGGCGGCCAUGUGUGGGGUCAAUAUCGUGUGCUUCCAGGAAGCCUGGACAAUGCCUUUUGCAUUUUGCACACGAGAGAGGGAGCCCUGGACGGAGUUCGCUGAGUCGGCCGAGGAUGGGCUCACCACGCGCUUUUGCAUUCAGCUGGCCAAAAAAUACAACAUGGUGGUGGUGUCUCCCAUUUUGGAGAGAGACGAGAUCCACGGUGGGACGCUGUGGAACACUGCGGUGGUGGUGUCCAAUAAUGGCAAUGUUCUGGGCAAAUCACGGAAGAAUCACAUUCCCCGAGUGGGAGACUUCAACGAGUCAACAUAUUACAUGGAAGGAAACACCGGCCACCCUGUAUUCCAGACACAGUUUGGAAAGCUAGCUGUUAACAUCUGCUACGGCCGACACCAUCCUCUCAACUGGUUAAUGUACAGCGUGCAUGGGGCUGAGAUCAUCUUUAACCCUUCAGCUACAGUCGGACUGCUCAGUGAACCAAUGUGGCCAAUUGAGGCCAGAAACGCUGCUAUCGCAAACCAUUGCUUCACCUGUGCCAUCAACCGUGUGGGAACGGAGUAUUUCAAGAAUGAGUUCACAUCUGGAGAUGGAAAGAAAGCGCACCAUGACUUUGGCCACUUUUAUGGCUCCAGCUACGUAGCUGCACCUGACGGCAGCAGAUCCCCAGGAUUAUCCAGAACCCGUGACGGCCUGCUGGUCACAGAGAUGGACCUGAACCUAAAUCGCCAGGUUGCAGACAAAUGGAAUUUCAAGAUGACGGGGAGGUAUGAAAUGUACGCAGAGGAGCUCAAAAAAGCCGUCAAGCAUGACUUCAGACCCAACAUUGUUAAGGAGUGAGUUUAACAGGAAAACCUUGAGAGGAAAGACAUCGAGAGGAAGCGCUUUUUCAGCUGAAAGCCAUUCUUGUCAGAUGCAGGAGAAGUCCUUGAAUUUCACAUAAUAACUUAUAUAAUUUAUAUUUAAAUUUUUAUGGAAGUCAAUAAUGGAAGGACACAUUUGAAUAAAAUACAAAUCCAACUUUUAUUAAUUUCUGAAAUGCAACUAUAUAUUUCAUAAAAAUAAAGUUUGCCAUAUCAA